GGCGCUGGGGAGGGCGAGGCGGAGGCGGCAAAACGGGCGGUCGAGCAGAACGUGUAGCCGCGUCCCCUCGAGUCCGCUGCGGGCAGCUGCUGACGCAAGGAGGAGUCCCCUGGGCCCCUGUCCACGCCACUGCUGACCAGCCCCCCACCUGCUGAACCGGCCCGCAGGCCUCCCCUGCCUCUGUGGGACCCCGUGGCGGGGGUCCAUCCGCUGGCGAAGAAAGCCCUCUCAUGCUAGCGUUGCAGACCCCAGAGGGUCCCUUGUGGGUGCUGAGAUGGCCAAUGAGAACCACGGCAGCCCCCGGGAGGAAGCGUCCCUGCUGAGCCACUCCCCGGGCACCUCCCACCAGAGCCAGCCCUGCUCUCCAAAGCCAGUCCGCCUGGUGCAGGACCUCCCAGAGGAGCUGGUGCACGCGGGCUGGGAGAAGUGCUGGAGCCGGAGGGAGAACCGUCCCUACUACUUCAACCGAUUCACCAACCAGUCCCUGUGGGAGAUGCCCGUGCUGGGCCAGCACGACGUGAUUUCGGACCCUUUGGGGCUGAAUGCGACCCCACUGCCCCAAGACUCGAGCUUGGUGGAAACCCCCCCGGCUGAGAACAAGCCCAGAAAGCGGCAGCUCUCGGAAGAGCAGCCAAGCGGCAAUGGUGUGAAGAAGCCCAAGAUCGAAAUCCCCAUGACGCCCACGAGCCAGUCGGUGCCCAGCUCCCCGAGCGUUCCAGGAACCCCAACACUGAAGAUCUGGGGUGCAUCCCCUGAAGAUAAGCAGCAGGCAGCUCUCCUUCGACCCACUGAGGUGUACUGGGACCUGGACAUCCAGACCAACGCCGUCAUCAAGCACCGAGGGCCUUCGGAGGUGUUGCCCCCGCACCCCGAAGUGGAGCUGCUUCGCUCCCAGCUGAUCCUGAAGCUUCGGCAGCACUACCGGGAGCUGUGCCAGCAGCGCGAGGGCAUCGAGCCUCCCCGGGAGUCCUUCAAUCGCUGGAUGCUGGAGCGCAAGGUGGUGGACAAAGGAUCUGAUCCUCUGUUGCCAAGCAACUGUGAGCCGGUUGUGUCACCUUCCAUGUUCCGUGAAAUCAUGAACGACAUUCCCAUCAGGUUGUCCCGAAUCAAGUUCCGGGAGGAAGCCAAGCGCCUGCUCUUUAAAUACGCAGAGGCUGCCCGGCGGCUCAUUGAGUCCAGGAGUACGUCCCCCGACAGCAGGAAGGUGGUCAAGUGGAACGUAGAAGACACCUUCAGCUGGCUUCGGAAAGACCACUCGGCCUCCAAGGAGGACUACAUGGACCGCCUGGAGCACCUGCGGAGGCAGUGCGGCCCCCACGUCUCGGCCGCGGCCAAGGACUCCGUGGAAGGCAUCUGCAGUAAGGUCUACCACAUCUCCCUGGAGUACGUCAAACGGAUCCGAGAGAAGCACCUCGCCAUCCUCAAGGAAAACAACAUCCCGGAGGAGGCGGAGGCCUCUGAGCUGGAGCCCCGCCUGGUGUACUGCUACCCAGUCCGGCUGGCCGUGUCUGCGCCCCCCAUGCCCAGCGUGGAGAUGCACGUGGAGAAUAACGUGGUCUGCAUCCGGUACAAGGGAGAGAUGGUCAAGGUCAGCCGCAACUACUUCAGCAAGCUGUGGCUCCUCUAUCGCUACAGCUGCAUUGAUGAUUCUGCCUUUGAGAGGUUCCUCCCCCGGGUCUGGUGUCUUCUCCGGCGGUAUCAGAUGAUGUUUGGCGUGGGCCUCUAUGAGGGGACUGGUCUGCAGGGGUCGCUGCCUGUGCACGUCUUCGAGGUCCUCCACCGACUCUUUGGCGUAAGCUUCGAGUGCUUUGCCUCGCCACUCAACUGCUACUUCCGCCAGUACUGCUCUGCCUUCCCCGACACAGAUGGCUACUUUGGCUCCCGAGGGCCCUGCCUGGACUUCGCCCCGCUGAGCGGUUCCUUUGAGGCCAACCCUCCAUUCUGCGAGGAGCUCAUGGACGCCAUGGUUUCUCACUUUGAGAAACUGCUGGAGAGCUCGCCGGAGCCCCUGUCCUUCAUCGUGUUCAUCCCCGAGUGGCGGGAGCCCCCCACGCCAGCGCUCACCCGCAUGGAGCAGAGCCGCUUCCGACGCCACCAGCUGAUACUGCCCGCCUUCGAGCACGAGUACCGCAGCGGCUCCCAGCACAUCUGCAAGAAGGAGGAGAUGCACUACAAGGCUGUCCACAACACGGCCGUGCUCUUCCUGCAAAACGACCCUGGCUUUGCCAAGUGGGGGCCGACGCCCGAGCGGCUGCAGGAGCUGAGCGCCGCCUACCGGCAGUCGGGCCGCAGCCACGGCUCCAGCUCCUCCUCCUCCUCAGAGGCCAAGGACCGGGACUCAGGCCGCGAGCAGGGCCCUAGCCGUGAGCCUCACCCCACUUAGCACAUCCUGCGGGGAGGAGGAGCCCAGGGCUGCUGUUUGGACUGCUGGGAAUGGGACCUGCGCGGGCUGAGCAGACCCAGGCCCUUCCCCACCGGGUGGCAGCAGGACCCAGGCUGCAGUGACAUAGGAAGAUGAUGGCUCUGCCAGGGCUCCCCUCCCUGCCCAUCUCCCAGCUCCCACCCUGAACUCACUCCAGAGUCCCCUGUAAAUAGGCCCGACGCCUUCCCUCCCCUUCCCACCCCUCCCUCCACCCUGUUGCAUUUGUAAAAGAAAAUACAGAGACCUCCUCCCAAGAAUGUGUGAGGGUCUUGGGAGGAAAGGUCUACCUCAGGGACCACACCCUCUCCAGCCAGGUUCCCCUUCUUAGGGCCCUUGGUCUCACACCCCGUCCAGGGCCCCACACAGCUGGCUCCCUGGGGCCCAGCCUCUGAGCGCUGUAGGCGGGAAGGACCUCAGGGCCUGCCCCGCAGAGUUCCAGGCUCCCACAGCCACGCCUGCCCGCGGACCUCUGGGGAGCAGAGGAUGCCUGACUUCCUGGUGGAGGCGCAGUGGGAAGAGCCUUGGCACUGCGGGCCUCCGUCGUAGACUUGCCGUCAGGACCCCUGCACACAGCAGGAGCAGGGGUGGAGGGUGCUCGGCGAGGCAU